UCAAAAGCACUACUACCAUUUCCAGCAGUCUUCUACACAUGAUUAUUAUUUUUCUCAAUGAUCAUGUCUUCCUAAAUUUCAUCAAAUCUUGAUUCCUAAAACAACACAACAAAACCCUUUUUUUUUUCUCCUCUUCCUCUCCCCCUAUAUUACCCACCAUGUUCUUCAUCAUCUCUCUGCACAAUCCUCACCUGCCCUUUUCUGCACUGCUCAAACUCUCUACUUUUCUCAAUUUUAUCAACUAAAACAUCUCUUUUCUGCUCUUCUUUACCAAGUCUUUGAGGUUAUUAAUUGAUAGAUAUAAUUAAUAUCAUGGGGAUGCCUGAAACCACUGCUAGCCCACCUCACUUGUAUCCUCAAACACUCCAACUCAAACUCUACCAAGCUUUCAUUUUCUCAAUCCCUAUACUGUUCUCCAUUAUACUGUUUCUCUUGUUUUACUUGUUCUAUCUGAAGAGAAGGAUUUCCAAUGCCUCCUCCCCUUCACCACCCACUCUCCCAACAAGAUCAACUAAUCAUCCUUCUCUGCACACUCCCAUGAGUGAAGGAGGUUUAAAAGGGGUGAUCCAGAAGGUGAGGCUUCCAGUAAUAGUGUUUGGUGAAGAUCCUGCCAUGAAGGAAUCGCAGUGUUGUUGUUGCAUUUGCUUGGGAGAAUUUGAGGAGAAAGAGGAGUUGCAGCAGCUUCCAGCAUGCACGCACAUAUUUCACACUCAGUGUAUAACCCACUGGCUGCGUUCAAACUCCACUUGCCCAAUGUGCAGAAGCCCCGUCGUGGCGCCCAAUAUCACUACUAACCACCCGCCGCCCAUGGUUUCUCCUCCGCCGCCAUCCAUUCCCGACACACGACAUCAUCCUCGUACCAACGACGAGGAACACGGGACAACGAACGGAUUGUUGUUUAGAUCCGAUUGUCAUCGCAGCAGCAGAGAAGAGGAAGUGGUGAUCACCAUAAAUCUGCAGGGCUCAUCAUCAUCAUCAUCAUCAUCAUCAAACACCUAGCUAGCUAGUAUAACUUAUUUAGAUAGUGCUUCCCAAUUCAACAAGAAAGAGAAACUCAAAUUAAACCAAUCUUGUCUUCAUCGAUAUGCCAUAGGAAUUGAAUCACAAACCUGCAGCAAUCGAAACAACUAUUCUGUCACGUCGCACUUUAAUUAAUUAACUACUCUACCAAUUCCAUUUUGGAUCAUGCCUAGCUACCAUCUACUUUUGUACAAAUGUGAAUAAAGAGUACAAGUCGUCAAGUAAAUGAAGUUAGAUUAAAGGAGUUAAUUAGGUGAUUGAAGGCUUCCUGCAUGUCUUGUAAGCUCAUUUUUAUCUAAAACACCAGAAAUGUGACAUUUAUAGUGGAAGGCGGCUGACUAUCAAUCAGGGAAAA